GGUUUUAGCUCAAGUUUCUUGUGAAGUUGUUCAACCAAAGCCAAAUAGACCCACAGAGGGCCAGCUAUUUAUCAGUGUGGAACUUUCAUCAAUGGCAUCACCAGCUUUUGAGUCAGGAAGAAUGACAGAAUUUGGUACUGAACUUAACCGAUUUAUGGAGAGGUGUUACGUUGAGUCACGAGCUAUUGAUGUAGAGUCUUUAUGCAUUGUUGCUGGCGAAAAGGUUUGGUCAAUAAGAGUUGAUGUGCAUGUAUUGGACAAUGGUGGUAACAUAGCUGAUUGUGCAAGUAUUGCUACUAUUACAGCCUUGGCUCACUUUAGGCGACCAGAUGUGUCUGUUAUUGGUGAAGAUGUCACAAUUCACUCCCCAGAGGACCGUGAUCCAGUCCCACUAAGUAUCCUUCACAUGCCAGUCUGUAUAACAUUUGGCUUUUUUGAUGAAGGACAACUGUUGCUUGUAGAUCCAACAGAUAAAGAGGAAGUUGUAAUGAAUGGGAGAAUGAUCAUGGCAAUGAAUAUUCACCGUGAAAUCUGUGGUGCAGUGAUGGGCGGUGGGGUCUCGUUAGAAUCUGAACAGAUCCUGAGAUGUUCCAUGAUUGCAUCAGUAAAGGUCACUGAAAUUGUUGCUCUUAUACAAGAAGCAUUGGAGGAGGAUUCUAAGCAAAGAGCUCUUGGAAAAACGGGAUUAUUGGAAUCAGAUACGACACCAUCUAUUAUUACCGUGACGUCAGCCGAUGAGUCUGAGGUGGAUAUUAGUGAGGCUGUGGAAAAAGUGACAGAAAGACAGUAUAAGGAGACGACAACCAUUGAAGAAAAGUAUCCUUUGCAAAUUAUAAGUCAUUCUGCGUGGGGAGCACAGUUAAAGGGACCGGGUACUGCUCAAAUUGGCGAAGGAGGAGUCGAUUCUUGGAUUGUUUUAGAUGAAACCGAUGAAGAAAUGGAAGAAAGUGAAAUAAUUAGCGAGGAAAGAAAUAAUGAGUCUCCGACACCAGUAUCACAGCAGAAGAAUGGCGGCAAAGUCGUUCACUUCAUCGGGGGAAGUGAUGACAGCGAGGAGGAGGACGUUGUGAUACUGACUGCCGAAAGAAGUGAUGUGGUUCAGAAGAGCUCCCAGCCUACAAGUACCCUGGACACCUUAGAUUUGAGUAGGGCGUUGAAAAGUGACAGCGAAAAGAUCAGUAACAGCAAAAAGAAAAAGAAGAAAAAGAAAUCUGGAAACAGAAUAUCGCAAACAUCUUAGUGAUUUUAAGCAUAAUCAGUAUAUGUAAAUAGCUAUUAGACCUUUUCUAAACAAAUAAAUAUCACACAUAGUCUGUAUAAA